AUGUUCCCACCGAAACUGCUGGAACUUGUGAGGGAGUCCAAGUUUGUACACCUGGGGACCUGCUCGCUCGAGGCGGUUCCCUCUGUCGCUCUGAUGAACUACCUGUACGUCGACAGGGAGGAUUCCUACUUGCAAGAGUGCGGCGUCAUCAUAAUGGCCGGUGCGACGCAGUCGGACAAGUGCCGCAACAUCCUGUACAACGACCACGUCUCACUACUCUUGCACGACUGGAUCGCCGCAGAGAACAUGGCCAUGGCAAAGCAACCUGUCCCCUGGGGGGCCAUCCUGCAAAGAACGGAUGCAGCAAGGGACGAGGACCACAUGCAAUGGAGCGCGACGAUCCGCGGGGAGGCGCAGGUGUUGCAGAGCUCUUCAGGUGAGUGCCAGUACUACAAGCAGCUGCUAUUGCGAGCAAACCCGGACGCAGAGGUGUACAUCCUAGGAGGAGAAGAGGACGUGUCCAUCAUUAAAGUUAAGAUGACCGUGGCGAAGGUCACGGACAAGCAGAACAAUACAUACGAGUUUAUAAACGCCGACUAA